AGUUCGAGUUGGAUCUUUGGUGAAGAUAGAAGUUAAAAAAGGAGAAUAAAAUAUAGCAGAAAGUUGAACUUGCAGAAUUUUCAAUUUUAAUUCUAGUUAAAAAUUAAAAAACUACGUCAUGGAUAGCAAAGAAUUCAGAAAACGCGGCACUGAAAUGGUCGAAUAUAUUUGUCAAUAUUUAGAGACUUUGGAGGAUCGCCGAGUUACUCCAUCAGUUGAACCCGGAUAUUUACGAUCUUUGAUUCCUGGAGAAGCUCCAAUGAAUGCUGAGCCAUGGGAGAAAAUUAUGGAAGACGUCGAAACGAAAAUAAUGCCUGGAGUUACUCAUUGGCAACAUCCAAGAUUUCACGCAUAUUUUCCAUCCGGAAAUUCAUUCCCUUCGAUCUUAGGCGACAUGCUUGGUGACGCAAUUGGAUGCAUUGGAUUUUCAUGGGCUGCAAGUCCUGCAUGCACAGAAUUGGAAACGAUUGUUUUGGAUUGGUUAGGUAAAGCGAUUGGACUCCCUGACGAUUUUCUGGCAUUGAAAGAAGGAAGCAAAGGCGGUGGAGUUAUUCAGACAUCAGCAUCUGAAUGUAUUCUUGUGACGAUGCUUGCAGCAAGAGCACAAGCCAUCAAAACAUUGAAAUUACGACAUCCAUUUGUAGAAGAAGGACAUUUGUUGUCGAAGUUGAUGGCUUACUGUUCAAAGGAAGCCCACAGUUGUGUUGAAAAAGCAGCAAUGAUAAGUUUCGUUAAGUUACGUAUUCUCGAACCUGAUUCCAAUUGUAGUUUGCGAGGUGAAACGUUGAUGAAAGCAAUGGAAGAAGACGAAUUACAAGGUUUAAUUCCUUUCUUUGUUUCAACAACUUUGGGAACAACAGGCUCAUGUUCCUUUGAUGCUUUAGACGAGAUUGGACGUUCACUCCAGAAAUUCCCAAACGUUUGGCUUCAUGUCGAUGCUGCGUAUGCUGGAAAUGCUUUCAUUUGCCCAGAAUUAAAGCCAUUGUUAAAGGUAAUUCAAUUUGCUUUCAAAAUGGCGUUAAAGAUUUUCUCCAAUGACGUCAUGAAAAUUUUCCAGGGCAUUGAAUACGCAGACUCGUUCAACACAAAUCCAAACAAAUGGCUUUUAACAAGCUUUGACUGUUCAACAUUGUGGGUACGUGAUAGAAUUCGUUUGACUUCAGCUCUCGUUGUCGACCCUUUGUAUUUGAAGCACGGCUAUUCUGACGCAGCAAUCGAUUAUCGUCAUUGGGGCGUGCCAUUGUCGCGACGCUUUCGAUCGCUCAAAUUAUGGUUUGUUCUUCGAAAUUAUGGCAUUUCAGGAUUGCAAGAAUACAUUCGACAUCACAUUCGGCUUGCAAAAAAGUUUGAAAAAUUGGUGUUGAAAGAUAAACGUUUUGAAGUGUGCAAUGAUGUUAAGUUGGGUUUGGUUUGUUUUCGUUUGAGAGGUUCUGAUAAGUUAAAUGAAAAGCUUUUGAGCAUUAUUAAUGCUUCGGGAAAGCUUCACAUGGUCCCAGCUUCUGUAAACGAACGUUAUACGAUUAGAUUCUGCGCCGUUGCACAAAACGCAACUGAUGAAGAUAUUGAAUAUGCUUGGGAUGCAAUCACAGACUUUGCUGCUGAAUUAUUGGAGAAGGAACAAGACGAUGACUUUGUGGAGAUUACAGAAGAUCCACGCAAGAAGCACACUCUUGCUCAAAAACGAUCAUUCUUUGUUAGGAUGGUCAGCGAUCCAAAGAUUUACAAUCCGGCUAUUAAUAAAGCCGGAACGCCACGACUCUCAAUGGAAGUCACUUCACCAACUGGCGAUGGAACAACAGUCACAGUCCAAUCUCCACCACAUGAGUCAACAUGGAUUUCAUGGCCUUUGGCAUUUUUGUUCAACAGUACCGACGAUUCGAAGAAUGACGUCACUUUACGUUUUCGUCACUUGGAUGUUAAAAUGGGAUCAUCUCGAAGAAAUUCAGCAACAGGAGGGGGAAGUUCGCCAUCACCAGAAAAUAAUAAUAAAAUUAUGGCAAAAAAUUAUGAAGAGUUUCGCAAACAUGGGAAGCAGAUGGUGGAUUAUAUCUGUGAUUAUGUGAAAACAAUGGAAGAACGGCCUGUGGCACCGACAAUUGAUCCCGGUUAUUUAGUUCCACUAUUAGCAGAUGAAAUGCCAAAAAAAUCAGAAAGUUACAAUGAUGUGAUGGACGAUUUCGAAAAGAAAAUCAUGCCUGGAGUGUUACAUUGGAAUCAUCCAAAUUUCUUUGCUUAUUUUGGAGCCGGUAACGCUUAUCCUUCGGUGCUUGGUGAUAUGUUAAGCUCAGGUAUCGCUGCGAUUGGUUUUUCAUGGGCUUCAUGUCCGGCGUUGACAGAAUUAGAAGCAAUCAUGCUAGAUUGGUAUGCGAAGGCACUUGAUUUACCGGAGUUCUUCUUGAGUAAAGGCAGCAAUUCUGAGAGUGUUGGCGGUGGUGCAAUUCAAGCAUCCGCAUCUGACGCAAUUUUCUCUUGUAUGUGUGCAGCAAGAGCGCGUGCGAUUAAAAAACUUAAAGGCGACAAUUACGAUACACAUGAUAGCGUUUAUUUACCACAAUUAGUAUGUUACGCAUCUACAGAGGCUCACAGUUCGGUUGAAAAGGCAGCGAAAAUGAAUUUAGUAAAAUUGCGAGUUAUUGAACCAGAUUCUCACGAUUCUAUGCGAGGAGAUGCACUUGAACGAGCUAUUGAAAGAGAUAUUGCAAGAGGAUUAACGCCAUUCUUUGUGGUAGCAACUCUUGGAACAACAAGUCAAGUUGCAUUUGAUAACUUAGUAGAGAUAGGACACGUGUGCAAGAAAUAUCCAUCAUUAUGGUUUCAUGUUGAUGGAGCAUAUGGUGGCAAUGCUUUUAUUGUACCAGAAAUGAGAAAAUUAAAAGCAGGAAUGGAGUUUGUUGAUUCAUUCGAAGUGAACCCCAACAAGUUAUUAAUGACAGCUUUCGAUUGUACGUGCAUGUGGGUGAAGAAUAUUUUAGAUUUCACAGCCGCAUUUGCUGUUGAUCCACUUUAUUUGCAACAUCAACAUGAAACAUCUGUCGUCGAUUUACGUCACUUUGGAACUCCUUUGAGUCGUCGAUUCCGAUCACUUAAACUUUAUUUCAUGUUCCGUAUGUAUGGAUUGGAGGGUCUUCAAAGUCAUGUUAGACGUGUCAUUUCGAUGGGAAAACAUUUCGAAAAGUUGGUGAAGGCUGAUGAUCGUUUUGAAGUGAGAAACGAUGUGUUUCUGGGCUUGGUUUGCUUUCGACUGUUAAACUCCGAUGCAGUAAAUCAAGAAUUUCUCGCUCGUAUGAAUGCUUCAGCGAAAAUUCAUCUCACACCAGCUAAAGUCAAAGGAAAAUAUGUCAUAAGAUUUGUUGCAAACCAGGAGAAUUGUAAUGAGGCUCAAAUUGAAAGUGCAUGGAAAACGAUACAAACUUUCGCUACAGAACUUCUUGCAGAACUUGCUCCACCAAAGAGAAUCAGAGCAUCAAGACCAACUCUCAGAAAGUUGGACCGUACACAUUCACAGAGAUUCUCAUUUACAAGAAAUGUUUCACAAGAGAUUUAUGAAAGACAGCCUAGCAUACAAAAGCUUAUGGAUGGAGCUACACCAAUAGUAGUGAUCGAUACCGAUUACAUAUUACAAAGUCUACAGAAAGCAACACAAAGAAACAAAGAAGCAGCUCAAGAGCAUGAAAGUACUGAGAUUAAGUCCAAAACGCCAAGGAAUCCGAUGGCAAAUGGAUCAGCUUAAAAUAUUUAUAAGAAUCCUAUAGAUUUCAAAGCAUUGGCGGAAGAUUAUCCUGAAUUUUCAAGAGUUUGUCAAUUGGACACGUUUGGGAAAGUCAAAUUAAAUUUCAAAGAUCAUGAAUCUGUAAGAAUUCUUUCGAAAUGCUGUUUGCAUAAAGAUUUCAACCUAAAUGUUGAUUUACCAAAAGAAAAACUUCUUCCGACAGUUCCUUUGCGAUUGAAUUAUCUUCUAUGGAUAGAAGAUCUUCUUAAAUAUAUUGGAGGGUCAAGUGACAUUUCUGGUAUUGAUAUUGGAUGUGGAGCUUCUUGUAUCUAUUGCUUGCUGUCAGUACGAAUGAACAAAAGUUGGAAAAUGUUUGCGCUGGAAAUUGACAACGAAAAUGUAAAAUAUGCACGUGAAAAUGUUUCAAGGAAUAAUUUAGACGAAAACAUUGAAGUGAUACAGCAAGAUGACUGCAACAAGAUUUUUGAUAAACUUUUUCAAAUUCAGCAUCAUCCGAAAACAUUCUGCAUGUGCAAUCCUCCUUUUUAUAGCUCCCACGAUGAAAUUAAUUCAAGCAAUCGCACUGGUAAAAGAAAGUUCCCAAGGUCUGAAACAACAGGAACUUCAUCAGAGCUUGUGUUUUCAACUGGAGGUGAAUUUGGAUUCAUCAAUAAAAUAAUCAAUGAAAGUGUACAAUUAAAAGGGAAGAUUCAAAUCUAUUCGACGAUGAUUGGUUGCAAGAAGAAUUUUGAAAGGAUCUUACUGGAGUUGAAAGCAAAGAACAUUUCAAGUUUUACAAAAACAAUUUUUGUUCAAGGAAAAACCACAAGAUGGGGAAUUGCUUGGAGUUUCACUCAUGAUCUGACAAGUUUCAAAGACCAUUUGGAAAAAUCAAAAAUUCUUCAAUCUGCAAAAAAAGUUUUAACGUACAAUAUAACGAAUUUAGAGUUUAAAGAGACUGUAGAGUACUUGAGUAAAAUUUUUAAUGAUCUGAGUAUAAAAGUGAAAUCAAUUGAAGAAAAGGAUCAAUUAAUACGGUGGGAACUCGUUGCUGCUGAAAAUACUUGGUCCAAUCAAAGACAAAGAAGAAGAGCUAAAUGUAAAAACACUGAAGUUGCAUCGAAUUCUACUAACAAUUACGAAACUGAAUCUAAACUGCACAUUGGAUUAGAGAUUCAGAAUUCAAAUGAUUCAAUUUUGUUGAAAAUGUUUUUCAUUGAAGGAUCAAUGGAUAGAGAUUGUGUUAAUCAGAUAUUACAAUACAUAAAAAAUAGAUUUAUUAGUUUUUUUCUCGUUGACGACCUGUUGGAGCAAAAAUCUGUGAAAGAACGAGCCUUCGUUAGAGCGGCACAAAUUUCAAAGAUGGUUAAUUCAAUAACACUCGGUCCAAAUAGCAGUGUAGAGCUUGUUGAUAUUAAUGGAAAUACUGAAAACGGCGAAGUUGAAAAGACAGUAAAGAAUGAGACUAAAAUUAUAAAAGAAGAACAAAAUCCUGCCAUAACCAUCAGUAAGACUUCCCCUGUAUCAGCAAAUGAUAUCAUUUCUCUGAAGCGAAGAAUGAAAGAACAACAAGAGGAAAAAAUAAUAAAAGAGAAAGUCAGAAAACAAAUGGAAAAUCGACUUAAACAAGAACAAGAUCAUUAUAAAAAAGUUCAGAAUAUGAUUGAAAAUAUGAAACUUGAUGCUGAAAAGAAACAUAAAGCAAAUGUUGCAGCUCUUGAAAAACAAAUUGAAGAUGCGCUAAAUGUCGAGAAACAGGAAGAAAUUGCAUAUCAAAGAGAACGAGCAGAAUUAAUGAAAAACACAAAAAAGAUUCUUGAACAACAGGAAAAAGAAUUAAAAGACAAUCUUAAACGACAGAGUGAUAUUUUUAAUAAACUGCAAGAUAAUUUCAUUACAAUAGUUCAAUGCUGCUCACCAGAAAUGUCUGCAAUUACAGAUGUCGUCAAAAAACAAUUCGAAGAAUUGAAAGCACAAAAAAUUUCAUAUUCGAACUCAUUAGAUGGAAUGAAGAUGAUUUGUUUGAAAGCUCGUGAGAUUUGUGAAUCAUUGAUGAAAUUACGUAAGCAGUUUGAAGCUCAGGCCAUUGCCCGACAAGCAAUCAAAGAUGCUGAACAAAAACAACAGGAAGCUCAAGCUUUGGCUGAACAACAAGCUCAACAACAAGCUCAACAACAGGCUCAACAACAGGCUCAACAACAGGCGCAACAACAGGCUCAACAACAAGCGCAACUUAUCAAACUUCAAUCGAAACCGAAAGUUGAAGAAGUACUUUCAACAAACAACACACAAUACGCUUCUCAUUUAUCUCAACCUGAUACUGGAAGAUACUACAAUGAAAUGAUUCGACUUUUAAUCGAGAAACAAAAUGCGACUAAGCAAUUGUCUGAAAAUAACGAGUUGCAAGGAUUUCGAUUCGCUCUGAAACUUGUUGUAAAUAAUCCAAUAAAUCAGCUUAAUGAACAAAUCAAGACCACUUUAAUUGAAAGCUAUCAGAAGCUGAGUGUAUUCUUGUCAGGCCAGAGAGUAACAACAACCAAAGGAGCGAUUGCCAUAACAGACCAUCCUGAAGCUGCAGAUUGGACAAAACUUCGAUUAGCUGAAAAACUUAUUGAUAAUUACGAUAAAAACCCAACAAGUUACAUUGCGGCUUUAACUGUCGCUUUAUGGCAAAAGUUUCCUGAUCUCGGUGAAAUCUUCAGAGCAAAAUUAUUCAAAGAAUGCCCAUUUUUAAUUCCUUUCAAACCUCCACGAUUUAUUGGUCAAUCAGAAAGCGAUUACUUGAUGUGUUUAGGAUUUCGAAAGACAGAUGAAAAGUUUGAAAGCGAAUCACUUUAUGAGUCAAGAAUAUCGAAUUUUGCUGCACUUAUGGCAUCAAUUUGGAUAAGUUAUCCACGAAAAGAAGAAACAGCACCACAUCCUUUCAAUCUCGAUGAAGGGUGGAAGUUCCUUGUAAAUAUUUUGAACUCUGAACCUGACGAAAUGUACAUGAACAUCAUUGAAAAUGUCUUAAAAGUUGCUGGAUUCAGAUUACAUUUGACUUAUAAAAAACAAUUUGUCAAACUUAUGAUUAUUUUACGUGAUUUUUAUAUUCCUGCUAUUGAAAAAGCUGGAACAGAAAAGACAGGAUCGCUAAACCGACUUCAAAAUAUCAUUACAAAGUUCUUUAAGGAAAAUCGCUUUGAAGAGUCGAAAGGAAGACUC